AUCCGAGAGGCCUGAGGUCUGAAGGCAGUGGGGCGUGGCGUUGGUGGCUCCCGCAUCUCGAGGCCGUCCAAAGCCGAGCCAAUCAGAAUGAGGAGGUGGAGGCGACUAGCCAAUCAGCGUGCAGAACAGGCGAAGUAGGGAAGGGGGUGCGGGUUGAGGAGUCUCGCACCGAUGCCGCCGGCUCCCUAGGUUCUGUCAAGGGAGCCUGGCGUGCGGAGGCGGCUGAGGAGGCGGGAAGGCGGCAGUGGUUGAAGGGGCGAUUGCUGACUUGCGGGGAGAAGGUCUGAGGGGUUGAGCAGCCAUGGUGAUGGCGGCGAAGAAGGGCCCAGGGCCGGGUGGCGGGGUCAAGGCGGAGGCGGAGGCGGCCUCGGAGGUGUGGUGUCGCCGGGUGCGGGAGCUGGGCGGCUGCAGCCAGGCCGGGAACCGCCACUGCUUCGAGUGCGCCCAGCGCGGGGUCACCUACGUGGAUAUCACCGUGGGCAGCUUCGUCUGCACCACCUGCUCCGGCCUCUUGAGAGGCCUGAACCCCCCUCACAGAGUCAAGUCCAUCUCCAUGACGACUUUCACUGAGCCUGAAGUCCUGUUCCUGCAAGCCCGUGGAAACGAGGUUUGCAGGAAGAUCUGGCUGGGUCUUUUUGACGCUCGGACAUCUUUAAUACCAGAUUCCAGGGAUCCUCAGAAGGUGAAGGAAUUUCUCCAGGAAAAAUAUGAAAAGAAGAGAUGGUAUGUCCCCCCAGACCAAGUCAAGGGGCCCACUUACACCAAAGGCAGCACCUCCACCCCCAUCCAGGGCUCCAUCCCAGAAGGCAAGCCCCCCCGCACACUUUUGGGGGAUCCUGUGCCGUCUCUCUCAGCUGCUGCCUCCAGCUCCAGCCAGCCUGUCAGUCAGCCUCGGACGUCCCAGCCCCGGAGCUCUCAACCUCCUCCCCCCUCCUCAGUCAAGAAAGCCAGUACUGAUCUGCUGGCUGACAUCGGUGGAGACCCCUUUGCUGCUCCCCAGGUGGCACCAGCUUUUGCUGCAUUCCCAGCCUUUGGGGGCCAAACGCCUUCCCAUGGGGGCUUUGCCAACUUCGAUGCCUUCGGUAGUGGCCCUGGCUCUUCUGCAUUUGGAAGCAUUCCUCCAGCUGGCCAAGCCCCGUUCCAGGCCCAGCCGGCGCCCCCAGCGCCAGCCAGUCGGAUGCUAACUGGAAGUCACAGCUUUGGGAGCAGCCAGGGAACUCCAUUUGGUGCCUCUCCUCUCGCACCUGCUAGUCAGCCCAACAGCCUCGCAGAUGUGGGCAGUCUCCUGGGGCCGGGGGCAUCAGCUGGAGGCAUCCCCAGCAGCAUCUUCGGGAUGGCUGGCCAGGUCCCCACGCUCCAGUCGGCCACCACUGGCGGAGGCGGCAGCCCAGGGCUUGCUUUUGGAGCCUUCAACCCUUUCACCACACCUGCUGCUCACACCCAGCUGCCUUCCACCAACCCUUUCCAGCCCAAUGGCUUGGCCACAGGACUUAGGAAGGACUGUUCUCCAGCCGACCUUCCAGAACCUCGCCUGUCUCACGUCCCUCCCUCCACAGGGCCAGGCUUUGGGAUGAGCGGUGCUGGGCCAGGCUUCCCCCAGACAGUGCCACCCACUGGGGCUUUCGCCAGCCCCUUCCCAGCACCGCUCUUCCCCGCACAGACCUCGAUGACUCAGCAGCAGAAUGGAUCUUCCUUCGGAGACUUGGGAUCCGCCAAGCUGGGACAGAGGCCACUGAGUCAGCCAGCCGGCAUCUCUACCAACCCCUUCAUGACUGGAUCCUCAUCAAGCCCAUUUGCCGCCAAACCUCCGACCACCAACCCAUUCUUGUAGCACUGUGUCCUAGGGGGGCCUGCUCUCUGGGGCCCCUCUCCUCCCUGGAGCUCUGACGACCACUUGCCUGUGGCAUUUCUGCGGGUCUGAGACCAGAUGAGUCUUAUUUUGCAGGGUAGGGGGCUGAGGGAGGCGGAGCCGCUAAUGCUUUGCUUGGGGCUUGCAGAUAAAAGGACAGCUUCCCAGGUCAGCCGCCCCCAGGUCUCCUUCCCUUCCUCCUCCAGCUCCCACCCAGGCAGGGGUGGGGCCCCAGAGGUGAGAUGACAGAGCCAGGCCUAGAGGAGCCGUGGUGUUUUAUUUUUCAAAUUAUUAACGACGAUGACAGUAGUCCUCUUGUGCCCUUAGCGCUCCCUUCACUCUGAAUCCUGUCAGGGGAGGAAGCCGUGGGCAUAGGCUGACCAGUGCUCCCCUGUGGGAACAACUCCCCAGUGCCCAGCUAGCUGAUGCUGUUCUCCUCGUGGUCGGAAGCACUGUGGGGAAAGCAGGGCAAAGGUGGGGGGUGAGGCGCAUAAUGGUGAUCAGACAGGCCGAGGAGGCCCUGGGGGACCAGCGUGCCCUGGCUCGGGCCAGCACCCCUUUCUCCAUGUUCUCGCUUUCCCAGCUUCCUGCCACGUCCUGGGCACUUAGGAUGAAUCAUUUCACCUACAGACUUACACACGCCCAACUGCCGUCAAGCACUUUAGUUAGCUGUGGUGUCAUGUUUGGAUACCAGUGUUUUAUAUUUAUACAUAGAGAAUUUUCUAAUAUAGCCUAUUAUAUAUCUAUCUAUAUAUAUGCACACACACAUAUCCACACACAGCCAUUCUCCCCUCCCAGACAGCUCUUCCACACGGGAAUGGGAUGAACCCCUAUGGGGGCCUUGACUGCAAAGCCGGCGCUCCAGGGGCUGGGGGAGGGAGCCACAUGUCCCGAUCACCCCAGGGCCUGAGCUUUUUCAAGAAAAGGCUUUGUGCAAUUGGCUGGGUUUUUUUUUUCCUUUUUUUUUUCCCCAUGUGCCUCCCCUCCUUUCCCUGCCCCCCAAAUCUCUGCACCAAAGCUAUUGCGGGCAAUGUUGGGAAAGAACUGCAUUUAAAAAAAAAAAAUACGGCUCUC